UGAUAGAAAUGUGUUGUUUUUUUCUAAUGCUAAACAAAAAAUGAGAAUGUUCAGAUGAAUUAUGUAUAAUUUUUUAACGUGUUUCGUAAUUUUUAACAUCUUUUAUUUGACGAAAGUGAGAGGCAAGUACGUUGAAGGAGAAAUAAAUACAAAAGACGAUUGGGCCUUUUUGGCGAGGUUCUGCUUUCUGUCUGAAGAGGGACAGUUCGAGUAUCGAAUAGAGUUUAAUGAAGAACAAGGAUAUCCGAAUUUAUUAUUGUAUUAUGAUACAGAUGAUCAAUGGCCUUCGGUAUAUAAAUCCGGAAAGACAUGCCCUGAAAAAGAAUCGGUCCUUAAAAUCGGACAAAAUCAAGUAGUAAAUUUGACAGUGAAAACAAUUUUUCAUCAAGAAUUCUCCGGCUGUGUUGCAGUAGAAGUAUGGAAACCCCCUGUAACCACUUCCUCUACAACCACACAGUUUCCAACUAAAAAACAUACUGAACCUAUUUCCGUUAAAAAGACAACAUCUUCUACAUUGACUCCAACUUCUACCACUAAUUUUCCAACUCCUAAAUUUACAACUACCACCACUAGGACAACAACGAGCAAACCAAUGUAUCUCCACAGUACAACUGACUUUAGCACAGAAAUUUGGGAUAACUUUAACGACAGUAACACGCCAGAGUUGUACGAUUAUAAUGAUGAAUCGAUGUAUCAUAACUUUCAAGAUGAUGUCGAAAAUAUUUUCCCAAGUGAUGAUAAGAAUGACACUGGGCCGAUAGAGGUCUAUACGACAAUUGAGAGUUCUCCAAGAAAAAAGAGAUCAAUUAUCAAAAAUACAACGCCGAAACAACAAAGACACGAUAGAAGAAUUAUUUGCCAAAAUUCAAGAAGAUUUAGAAGCUCUAGAGAAAGAUGGUGGUUUAUAGCAAUUAGUAAUUGUGGAGGAAAUAAAGGAAUUAACGUAAAAUAUAAGCUUCUUAUGACAAAUGGUCCUCCAGGGGAUUACUGGCAUGAGCAUUUCUCGGCAGAUGAAUUUUAUGUUCUUCCAGUUCUUCUAGCGUAUUCAGUAGCCUACAGUUUUUUACUACUCGCUGUAAUAGUUUGUACAAUAGAACUGAAAGCGCGUCAAUUACUUCAUUCGACAUAUAAGUUGUUCACCUCUUCCGUAAUCAUUCAAUUCUUCGGGGUUGUUUUUAAAACUUUGGCUUACAUGAAGUUUGCUUUUAAUGGCCUCGGUUCUCCCAAACUCAAAACAUUUGGAGAAAUACUGAUGGCUUGUUCUGAAACAUGUUUCCUCUUGGUGUUAAUAUUAUUGGCAAAGGGGUAUACGGUGACAAGGGGACGAUUAUCCGUUAAAUCGGGUGUAAAGGUUACGAUAUUUAUGUGCAUUUAUUCGGUGACAUACAUUUGCCUAUUUGUUUAUCAGGAAAAGGUUUUUGAUCCGGGAGAAGUACUGUAUUUGUAUGAAUCUCCAGCAGGAUACGGCUUGAUUUUUUUGAAAAUCUUAGCCUGGAUAAUGUUCAUUUAUUCAACAAUUAUAACCCUUAAACAUUAUCCAGAAAAA